AGUUCCGACGUGAUUACUGCCUCUAUCGCCUCACUCAUCCAGGAGCACAUCAAGGGGGAGGAAAGGGGAGUAUUCUGGAAUGACGAACGGAGGACAAAUGAAGAUCCCUUGCAGGGUAUAGAGAAUGGCUUCUGGGGUGCUUCAUGGGAUAUCAAACUCAGGGUUCUGCGUCAGCUCGUGGAGUUCCAACUCUGCCACAGUCAUGACAUCAAGAAGAUCAUCGACAGAGCGUGGGGUGUCGUACACAACAAGCAUAAAAAGGCGGAGAUGACCCCUUCUCGUCCCCCCGCUACCGACCCACAAAGCCAAGAGCACCUGCAACUCGUACCGCUAGGCCAAGAUAUACAGAGGAAGCGGUACUGGGUCAUUGAUGAUUCACCGAGAGUUUACGUGUCCACAAACCCGUGGAAAAUUACGUCUUCAUUCCAAGCUCUGUCUUCAGACCGUGAAGAGUACCUCGCGCUGAUGGCGCAGCUCAAGGAGGCAUCACCGCCUCCACCAAAAGCAGGUGAUAAGUCGUACAAGAAAACGGACUUGAACCAUAUACACCUUGUCCAGGCUUUGGAAACCCGUCUGACCGCUAUCGACGCGGAAACAGCGCGUAUUCAACGUGCCCAGAGGAAGAUUGCUCAGAGGAACAUGCUCAUCGCGCAAGCUGAGAUUCGGGAAACACGUACAAGGCGGCGCACGACACGACCGGACUAUGCCUACCUCAACGAUCCCGCAGAAGAGGACGACCAAGACGAGUACAAGUUCCAGGAGGAGGAAGACGAGGAUGAUCAGUUCGAGGAUGACGAGACCGCCGAGGACAGGCCCGCCUCAGGCCAUCGCCGAGCGGGCACGAGGCGGUCGACUAGAGCCGCUGUAAAUGGCUCGAACAAGACUGCAGACGAGUGGGCCGAUUGGCGAGGAGAGCGGCGAUCCACUCGACUGGGCGCUCCUGCCGAGACUCAACCAGAAAAGCCCGCUGCGAAGCGAGCACGGACAGACGAGAGCAUAGACAGCUCGCGCGAAGGGUCUGCGCCGACCGCCACCGCUGGCAUAAAAGUCAAGGUAAACGGCGCCGCCGCGAUCAAGCCGACUGAGAUGGUCGUCGAGUCAGUCGCGGGCAAAAAGAAGAGCAAGUUCUGGGUAUACGCCGUGGAACCUAUUGCUACACCACAGGUGCGGCCGCCUGCUGAAGACGUCGAGAUGGUAGAAGCGACGGUGGAGAACGGCCAUCUGAAUGGUGGCCCAUUCAGAGAUGAUGCGUCUUCUCUAGGAGGACAGGACGGUGUAGAAUCUCAAGACGCUAGCAUUCCAAACAGUUCAUCACCCGAGCCUAGUAUGGACGAUUCGUAGAAUUAGUGCCACGCGUGUAUGUUUUGGCUAGUAUCCUCCGUCACUUCUUGCUUUCACACAUGUUCGUCGUACUGCAUCCACACUCAUUUACACCUACCAAAUACCCUUUGCAUAAUUUUACUGUACAUCAUAAAUUACGGAACUCAUGAAUUGCAUUUCCC